UUUUUAUUUUUUUCUUUUUGAAUCGGCGUAGUGAGGUGAUAAAAGCACGUCGAUUAAAGUGACAUCUUCAGAUCAUAAUUGGAAUCAGUGAAAAUGUGUCGCUCUAUUGUGUUUGUUUUCUUUUUGACAAUACAUUUGGGAUACUGUUUUGUAAAUUUGGCCGACGUAGAAUGUGGCCUGGACAUCGCUCGCCGCGGCCGCAUCGUGGGGGGCGAAGACAGCCUCCCUGCGGAAUUCCCCUGGGCUGCCAGUUUAUGGAGACAAGGGACUCAUCAGUGCGGAGCCACGGUACUGAGUGACAGGUGGCUGCUAACCGCUGGGCAUUGCAUUUGUAGUGUCUUCGAUGAGUUUUACAAGUCAAAACAAUUGACUGUCGUCGUUGGGUAUACCGAUAUAACCUCAAGCAAAGACGGGACUGAAGCCCUUUCGCAAAUCAUCCCCCACCCUGAAUACAGAUGCAACAGAAAAGCCAACGAUGUCGCUCUCCUAAAGACUGUACGACAGCUCAAGUGGACCGAAGACUUGAGACCUGCUUGCCUCCCUCAACCCAAAGCUGACGACUUCAGUGGGACCACUGCCACUGUGGCUGGAUGGGGCUUCACUAAUGAAGAUAGAGCUAUAGGAUCCAGGCCCAACGUCCUCCAGAAGACGAGUGUGGUGGUGGUAACAAACGACGAGUGCAACCAAUGGUACCAGUCCCAAGGGAGCAAGGUCAAGAUCAUACCCACGCAGAUGUGCGCUGGACACGAGCAGGGAGGCAGGGACUCUUGCUGGGCUGACAGCGGCGGUCCCCUCAUGAUCCGCGAAGACAAACGCCACGCGAUGGUAGUGGGUGUGGUAUCGACAGGCAGUGGCUGCGCGCGCGCAAAGAUGCCAGGAGUGUACACCAGGGUAUCCAGGUAUACGGAGUGGAUAGUCCAGAGCAUUGGCCAGGACAACGCGAGAGGACUGAGGUGGUAUCCCAGGAGUAGGGUGUAAUCAUUGAAAAUCAAAAUGGAAGUUGUCCACCUACGUCAUGAUAGCUAACAUAACUAACAUCACUUACUAGUGAAAAUGAAAAUAAAGAUACAACAAAGCAAAAAGAUGCCGGGACUCGGUAUGCACGCAGCUAUCCAGGUAUACGGAAUGGAUAUUCCAGAGCAUUGGCGAGGACAACGCUAGAGGGCUGAGGU